AUGCCACCCCGCCCAACCCUCCUUCUCCUGCGCCCAAUCGCAAUCGCCCGUCCACCAAGGACAUGUCACGCAUGUCUUCGCCGUACUCGCCCUUCUUCCCCUCCACGGCGCAUACAGACAUUGCUAUUCCACACGACCUCUACGCGUUGGAGCGAUAACACCCCGAACCACUACGAGACCCUGCAGCUGACAUCAGCUGCCUCCGCUGCAGACGUUAAGCGUCAAUUCUAUACCCUCUCCAAGAAACACCAUCCCGAUCGCAACCCUGACGACCCCACUGCAUCAACCCGCUUUGUUGCAAUUAGCGAAGCAUACCAUGUCCUCUCCAUACCAGAGAAGCGAGCGCAGUACGAUGCCCAACUCCAACAGUCACAAUCGAAAUCGCGCUGGGAGUGGAAUGGAAGUAGCUAUCCGCAGGGGAGUCAUAGUAGUGCGAGCUUCGGAGCCAGGCCGGCGAGCGGACUGAACAAGAAGAGGAGUACCUUUCGCGGUCCGCCGCCUAGCUUCUUUAAAGCUGGAGGAUACGGACAACACGGUGCAAAACGAGCCGAAUACGCGUAUCAUGGCGCGACAGAGGGCCACGAGGGGAACAAGCAAGCGAGACAAGAGAGCUAUGGAGAGUGGGGUGGCUUCGGUCCGGGACAACAGCGUCAAGGGCACGAGGUACCUCACUUCGACGAUAGACGGCACAAGGAGAUGCACGAUAAUGUGAAUAAUCACAUCUACGCACGGCGACACAGGACGCAACGAAGAGUUCAUGUCGAAGAAGAGUUCAAUAGAGGGGGCAUGCUUGCCAACUUCCUCAUGGUCUCGGGUAUUAUAGGAAUGAUUGGCAUAACCGCGAAACUAUUUGGGGAUGGGCAUGAGGGUACGAAGGAAGGCAAAAACACCGGCAAAUGGAAAGAGGAAGCAUGAUACAAGUGGACCUUGACCCCGCUGGCGUCGGGGCUGUACAUACGCGGAUCCGAUAUCACGGAAUGCAUCAUCACACUGCAAAUGGCGUUUCCAGAAGAUGCGCUGAGACAGAUUGUUGUACAUGCCCAAAAGCCAUACUACACUUGCUCACUGCAUCACAUCGAUCGAGAAGAUUAGUCCGCUUCGCUAUAGAACCAAAGGAAUCUAAAAAGCUACCUCCCCACUCGUAUCUACAUGGACAACCCUUUAAGAGCGUUUAACCCUCAAAGGUGAAGCUGGUGCCGAGCUUGUGGCCGGCCUCGUUCAGCUUCUGGGUAUCGAAAGAACCGCCAAUACCGAAGGUCAGGCCGCUGUUGACUUUGGUGUUGUAGGCGAGGGAGGCAAUGCCGAGGUUGUUGAUCUUGGCCU